AUGGGUCUCGCGGACUGUGUAAUGGGACUGGGGGACUUAGACUCGUGGACUGAGUACAAAGUCCAGCCCAAGAAAGUAGGAAAAGAGGAGGUGACGGGGGAGGGGGAAGGGGGGUGGCGGUACGCAGGAGGGGCGCGGGGGGAGCCUCACCCCUACAGCGACCCCCGACCUGAGGCCAUGCGGGGGCUGCACAUGCCUGAUUUCUACCAGGUCGACAUCGACUGGCGGAUGCUGACAACCGCGAGGCCGAAGUCGAAGCUCGAGGAGGAAGUUUUCUCCAGGUACGUGGAGAUGGGACGCCUGCAGCUCGCGCGCCAGAAGCUCGAGGAAGGGAAGGAGCAAACGUGGCGAACAGUAAAGGUGGUGCCUGGUCGUGGUGCUGUGGUGGAGGUGCGGUUGGCGGUGUGUGAGCAGUGCGGCGACGAGCUGUGCGCGGCCAGAUGUACAGACCAUCUGUACACCAGCUACCAGCGCCAGGACCAGGUACAGUCUGUACACCAGCUACCAGCGCCAGGACCAGGUACAGUCUGUACACCAGCUACCAGCGCCAGGACCAGGUACAGUCUGUACAACAGCUACCAGCGCCAGGACCACAG